AUGUUUGUUACGGAAGGCGGGGAAGCUCUAUUGAAAUUCAGAGAGGAGGUAGCACAGUUCUCUUUGCACUCGGCUGCAUCCAGACUCUCUGCAGAAAAGAAGGCCAAAAGCGAAUUUUCGUUUUCUAUGUAUAGGGCCGAAAGGAAAAAGAGAGAUGAGAACCAUUUUUCAAAAUUUGGCCAUUUAGCCACCCAAGUAAGCGGGUCUAGGCCGAUUUCUUCCGUAUCCAUAGGGUCCAACAAAUGUUUAACUGGAUCGUGGUGCGGAGACGCUACGCUAUGGGAUUUAGAAACCCUCAAUCCAAUUUGCUUGCUUGAAAAUGGAUAUUUAGACUCUCGUCUUUGUAGUGUUCUUUAUAAGGAUCAUUUUGAUGAAUUAAUGUUUACCGGCGAUUCAAACGGGCUAAUUAGAAUGUGGAGGCUCGAUGGGGACUCCAAAAGCCAUGCCAUUGGGUCUUUAUCAGGACAUCAGGGUCGAGUGUCUCAGAUGGUUUCUUUUCCUCAUAAUCAGAAAACUUCAAUUAAAAUAUGCUCUGCCUCUGGUGACACCACUUGGAGGAUUUGGGAUGUUGCUACCGAAUCGUCAAUCCUUCUUCAAGAAGGGCAUUCAAAAGACGUUAACUCCAUUGAUGUUCAUCCAGAUGGCGCCUUGGUUGUCACCGGUGGUUUUGACGCUAAUGGAAUUGUCUGGGAUGUUCGGAUUGGUCGUCCCAUUUUUACUCUCAAGGGACAUUCAGAUGCAGUGGUGGGUGUUUCCUUCUCUGCAAAUGGAAUCUUAAUUGCAUCUGGUAGUCAGGACAAUACAGCACGGAUAUGGGACUUGCGAAUGUUAAAAUCGGCAUACAAAUUGCUUGCACAUACGGCUCCAUUGACCGGUGUGAAAUUUAGCAAAUCUCAAUGCCAUCAUUCUUGGGGAGCGAUCGAGGGAUCUCCUCUGCUUCUCACUACAAGCCAAGAUAUGACGGCAAAGCUAUGGGCCUCCUCUGCAGAGUGGGCCCAAGUAGCUCUGCUUGCCGGUCAUUCCGGGAAGGUAAUGCAGGGCGAUAUUUCUGAAGAUGCCCGUACAAUAGUUACAGUAUCGUACGAUCGUACGCUUAAAUUAUGGCAAGUUGCGGAUGCUUUAAAAUUGACCCCAAAAAUUAGGUAUUUGGUUUCUUUUUUGGAGGCGAGGGGUACGGAAAAGAAACGUGCAAAUGCAGCUCUCUCAACCGCUGUACAAAACAAAAAUAGACUCAAAAAUAGGAAAAAGUUGAGGAUGACCGGUGAGCAAUGGACUGAAAAAAGGAUUUAG